UACGGGUUGCGAGUAAGCCAGUAAGGUUCGUGUAUCAAAGGGCUGCUUUUUGUUCACUUUGUUUCCUCUAUCCCUCUCUCUUCCUCUUUUUUUUUCCCUUGGCUCAUAGUAAAUUCAGAAGGAGAAAAAGAAAAUUUUAAAAAAGGGGAAAAUCUAAAGCCUUUUGCUUUCUUGUGUUCAACUUCUGUUUCAAGUUAUCACCUUUCUAUCCUGUAAUCAUUUGACCCAACUGACUUUGGCUGCUGAUUUGGGGAAGAAGAGGUUAUGCUGUGAAGGAAAUUUGGUUCUUUUGGUUCAUUGUGGAUUUGGUUCUUUCUUUUGUUUUAAGAUAUGAUCAAGCAGAUACUAGGCAGGCUUCCUCGAAAGCCAUCUAAGUCGUCCGAGAAUCGUGAAUUUGGGGGUUCAUCUGCUCCUCCUUUGAGUAAUCCCUCCCACUCAAGAAGCAGUGAUAUUGUGGGUAAUCAUAGGCUGCUAAUCGACAGUGCUCCUCUUUCUGGCCCUAAUUCUACUUCUACUUUCAGAUAUAACCAUGGGUGUCGAAUCGCCCAAGUUGUCGAUCAAAAACUUAAUGGGAACUUGGGGACUGCUCCAUAUGAAGCUCUGCCAGGAUUUAAGGAUGUUCCUAGCUCUGAGAAGCAAACCUUGUUUCUUAGAAAACUGAGUUUGUGUUGCGUUGUGUUUGAUUUCUCGGACCCAAUGAAGCACUUGAAAGAGAAGGACAUCAAGCGGCGGACAUUACUUGAGCUUGUCGAUUAUGUCAGUUCCGCUAAUGGAAAAUUUGCUGAAACCGUCAUGCAAGAAGCUGUAAAGAUGGUGUCUGUCAACUUGUUUCGGCCCCUUACUCCACAGCCUCGUGAAAGCAAGGUGCCAGAAGCUUUUGAUUUGGAAGAGGAAGAGCCAUUGGUAGACCCUGCAUGGCCUCACUUGCAAAUUGUAUACGAAUUCCUUCUUAGAUUCGUGGCAUCUCCUGAGACUGAUGCGAAGUUGGCCAAGAGAUACAUUGACCAUUCUUUCAUUCUUAAAUUACUGGAUCUGUUUGAUUCUGAAGAUCCAAGGGAGAGGGAAUAUCUAAAAACAAUUCUGCAUCGUAUCUAUGGCAAGUUUAUGGUACAUCGUCCAUUUAUCAGAAAAGCUAUUAACAACAUUUUCUUCCGUUUCAUUUUUGAGACGGAGAAGCAUAAUGGGAUAGCAGAGCUUUUGGAGGUUUUGGGAAGUAUAAUCAAUGGGUUUGCCCUGCCUCUCAAAGAAGAACACAAGUUGUUCCUUGUACGGGCGCUAAUACCCCUUCACAAACCAAAAUGCUUGCCGACGUAUCACCAGCAGUUAUCGUACUGCAUCACGCAGUUUUACGAGAAAGACUGCAAACUAGUUGACACUGUUAUAAGGGGAUUAUUGAAGUACUGGCCAAUUACUAAUAGUUCAAAGGAGGUCAUGUUCCUUAGUGAGCUGGAAGAAAUUUUGGAAGCUACUCAGCCAGCUGAAUUUCAGAGAUGUAUGGUACCGUUGUUCUGCAAAAUCGCACAAUGCUUGAGCAGUUCGCACUUUCAGGUCGCAGAGAGGGCUUUGUUCCUGUGGAAUAAUGAUCACAUUGAGAACUUAAUUAGACAAAACCGCAGAGUUAUACUGCCCAUUAUUUUCCCUGCCUUGGAGCAAAAUGGGCAUAACCAUUGGAAUCAGGUUGUCCAGAGCUUGACACUUAAUGUUAGCAAGAUCUUUUCCGAUACUGAUCCCGUGCUAUCUGAAGAAUGCUUGAACAAGUUUCUAGAAGAUAAAGAAAAGCUGGAAGAGACCAAAAUGAAACAUGAAGCCACCUGGAAGCGCAUAGAAGAGAUUGCUGUAUCAAAAGUCAGUAAUGGUGAACCAGUUCUUGUUCCAAAACACUAUGAAUCCACCAUUGCAGAUUGACCUGACCCUAGUCAAGAGUUGAUAUCUUUUAUUGUUGCUUCCGUUCCCACAAGUUGGUUCAAAUGCUUAGAGAAGUUGAAUACUCGAUGCCAAACCAUCGUUUUGUACCAAAGAUCUCAAGUUGGCCCGGCUGGUUCCCAACGGUCUGGCAUCAAAGUCCGACAUUUGUGGUUACUCAUACAAAGCAAAUGCUAGAAGUUAGUAUCUGUUCUCUAUACUUUUUAGCUCUUGUUAGAGUUUGAUGUUUCGGAUAAUAAUACGAACCAAUCUACAAUCGCAGGUAAUUUAUGUUUUUAAUGUUGGUUUUAAUUGUUCCUUGGCAUUUAUUACAUGUAUGUAUAAUCUAUAAGCUUGUCUUUGUUUACAAAUGAAAACUUUUCUUGGUGUCUUUGUUAAUACA